AUGGUACAAAGGAAUGCCCCCCUUAAGGCCGUCCACUUCGGUGCCGGCAACAUCGGCCGUGGCUUCGUCGCCUGUUUCCUCCACAACUCCGGGUACGAGGUCAUCUUCGCUGAGGUCAACGAUACCACCGUCAACAAGCUCAACGCCCAGAAGAGCUACAAGGUGAUCGAGGUCGGUGCCGAUGGCACAUCAGAGUCCGUCAUCACCAACUACCGCGCCAUCAACUCGAGGUCACAUGAGGCCGAUCUCGUCAAGGAGAUCGCAACGGCGGACCUCGUCACCUGCUCUGUCGGCCCGCAUAUCCUCAAGUUCCUCGCUCCCGUCAUCGCCAAGGGUAUCGACGCCCGCUCAACAGACCUCACCCCCGUCGCCGUGAUUGCUUGUGAGAACGCCAUCGGUGCCACGGACACCCUCGCCGAGUUCAUCAAGGCUCCCGAAAACACCGACCCCAGCCGGCUCGAGGACUAUGACAAGCGGGCUCGCUUCGCCAACUCUGCCAUUGACCGCAUCGUGCCCGCGCAAGACCCCGACGCCGGGCUUGAUGUCCGCCUCGAGAAGUUCUACGAGUGGGUUGUUGAGAGCACUCCCUUCAAGGACCACGCCCCACCCGCCGUCAAGGGCAUCCACUGGGUCGACAACCUGCAGCCCUUCAUCGAGCGCAAGCUGUACACUGUCAACACCGGCCACGCCACGGCUGCUUACCACGGCUACAUCCGCCGGAAGAGCACCGUGUACGACGCGCUGCAGGACCGUGAGAUCCAGGAGGAGGUCAAGAAGGCUCUGUCCAACACCGCCAGCCUGAUCACCCAGAAGCACGGCAUCCCCGCCGACGAGCAGCAAGCCUACGUCGACAAGAUCGUCCGCCGCAUCAGCAACCCCCAUCUGGAGGACGCUGUCGAGCGUGUCGGCCGGGCGCCCCUGCGCAAGCUCAGCCGCAAGGAGCGCUUCAUCGGCCCCGCUGCCGAGCUCGCCGAGAACGGCAAGGACUGCGCCGCUCUCCUGGACGCUGCGGAGAUGGCUUUCCGCUUCCAGAAUGUUGAGGGCGACGACGAGUCGUUCAAGCUCGCGGAGAUCAUGGAGAAGAACGAGGCCGAGGAGGUCGUCAAGCAAGUCUGCGGCCUGCAGCCAAAGGAGAAGCUUUUCCCUGCGGUCGUCGACGUUGUCAAGCGCGUCCAGGCUGAUACCCAGUCGGAUUAA